AUAUCGCACGCUGAGAACGAAAGUGACCUAUUUCAAAAUUUUGAUAAAAUGAGUUAAUUAUACGUAAUGACUCAAAAAAGUAUACGCUACCACACUAGUAUUAAAAAACGGACCUAAUAUGGUCAGAGAGAGCUAGGACACAUAUUCGGUCUCUUUUUAGUAGACCGCUUUACACGCGCCGCGCCCGAGGGAAAGAGACGUAAUCAGUAUUGUACCGCACGUGAUGUAAACAGGUCGUGACGAGUUUAGUGCAGCAGUGACCGAUUACGCUUUGAGCCUGUUUUGUAUCAACUUAGGAGAGUUGCAUAAUAUCAUAAUUAAGCCUGUUAUCUAAAAAGAUAAAAAUGAAAAGGAGUGCAUUAAUACUUCAAAUGGUGGACGAAAAACAAAAAACCGAGAAUACUAAUGAGGCUUGUGAUAUCGACAAGGAAAAUGUACCAUCUAGUCCUUCUAUUAUAGAAAAUUCACCACCAGACCAGGGCAUUCAAAUAGCAUUACGCGAAAACAAGAUAUUGAAACCGAUAGGUGAUGUUCAGAAUCCUCAGCAAGAGAUAAAUGAUGCAUCAGAAACUAUCGAUAAGACGUCAAGUAAAGUGUUUGCCGUCCCCACGUUCAAGAAUUCAAGUAGUAGCAGUUCAUCCUCAUCUUCAUCUUCAUCCUCGAGUAGAUCUUCAUCCUCCAGUAGCAGAUCUUCAUCCUCCAGUAGCACGGACAAAUCUGAGACUGUAGCAAUUCCUGGCCCAAGUACUAAUUUAAGGCCUCAAGCAGGUAUUCCACGUUCGUACACUCAAUCGCCAGUUAAUCCACAAGAAAGUGAUGUGGAUCUAAGCGACUCAGAUCCAACAUACCAUACUGAACAAUCCAACAAUCCAAGGAGUAGACGUAUUUCCAGCUCUUCAUCUGCCAAUUCAUUGGUCCAACCAGAACCCUCAAAGAGUAGAAAACGAAAAAGGAACCCUGUUAAUUGGAAGCAAAACCAAUCUAAAAAGUCAAGAAACUCUGGAGAGAGUUAUAGGUCUAUGGCAAAAUCUAAAAAAGUCAUUCCAGCUAGACAAAUCAAAGAAACUUGUACAAGUAAGUGUAGGCUUAAGUGUUUCAAUAAUAUAAAUGAGACUGAGAGAUCUGAAUUAUUUAAGAAUUAUUGGGCUUUGUCCAAUUUGGAAUUACAACGUUCAUAUAUUAGGGCAUCCAUGAUGGAAGUACAACCUAGAUAUAGAUAUUCUAAUGCUCAAAAUCCUCGCCUGCCAAACAAUGCGUUUUAUUUCACUGUAAAUGGUAAUAGAAUUCGUGUUUGUAAACAAUUUUUUAUAAAUACUUUAGACAUAUCGGAUAGACAACUAAGAACUGUCAAGAGUAAAACUAAUAGCCAUGGUUUCGUAGAACCUGAGGGUAGAGGUCGGCAUGAAAACAAAAAAGGGUAGACCCUGAGCUAAUACAACGCAUCAAAAAUCACAUAAAUACGAUACCGAGGGUCGAGUCUCAUUAUUUAAGAGCUACGACUAGUAGGGAAUUCAUAUCUGACAGUAAAACUAUCAGAGACCUCUGGACUGAUUUUAAUAAUGAACAAAAAGACAGAAGUCUCCCGCAGUGCGACUAUUGGUUAUACCUGAACACUUUUAAUAAAGAUUUCAAUAUAAGCUUUUUCCAGGCGAAAAAAGAUAGGUGUGAAACGUGUGUUGCAUAUGAACUUGCCCCCGCAAGUACGAAAUUACUGCUAAAACCUAAAUAUGAUACACAUUUAAAGAAAAAGAACUGUGUCGCAAUGAAAAACGGAUGGAUCGUCAAAAUAUUGAUGAGACACAUAUUUGCGCAAUAUAUGACCUUCAGUCUGUUAUGUUAUGUCCUAGUCCUGAUUAUUUUUACUAUUCUUCCAAAAUAAACUGUCUUAAUUUUACAAUUACACAAUUAAAAAAUGGGGAGGAUGAUAAAAAGUCUUACGGAGAUGUUUAUUGUUAUUUUUGGGAUGAAACCCAAGGCCAAAGAGGUGCCAAUGAAAUAGGUUCGUGUAUUUUUGAUUACCUUAGUACUUUAAACAGAAAUAACGCAGGUAAGAAGUUACAUGUAACUUUUUACUCUGACAACUGCACAGGUCAAAAUAAAAAUAAAAUCAUUGCCACUUUAUACUCCUAUGCUGUCACAUAUUUUGAUAAUAUUUACAGUAUUACUCAUAAGUAUCUAAUCAAAGGACAUACUCAAAAUGAAGCUGAUAAUGUACACAGCUUAAUUGAAAAAGAAAUUAAAAAAAACAUUAAAGCUGGACCCUUAUACAUACCUGUUCAAUUCGCUACCUUAAUUAAAAGCGCUCGUAAAUCAGGAAAGCCUUUCAUCGUUAAAGAAAUAAAUUACGAAUUUUUCUUAAAUCUCAAAAAACUCCAAGAACAAUGGGCAUACAAUUUUAACGAAAAUAUAAAUAAAUUACCAGUAUUGUGGAAUGAAAUUAAAUCAAUAAAAUUUAUUAAAGAGGAGUUGUUUCAUUGUAUUAUAAAAUAUCAUAUUCUGAUGAGGUGUUCUCUGAGAUUGACAUGAGGAAUAAACGUAAAAAAAUGUUAAGUUACAACGAAAUCCUGAUUGAACAAUUGUAUAAGCAACCAAUAGAGUUAAAAGAAAAUAAAAAAAGAGAUCUUAAAGAUUUAGUAAGAAAAAAUUUAAUACCUAGCAUAUAUGCGAGUUUU